UUGUUUAUAGUGUGUUUGUUAUACAGGAGCUUUCUAAUUUAAAUAGUCAUUUGUCAGGUUUUUUUGUUUGUUUGUUUUAUAACUUCCCAAGAUCAUAAACAGCUUCUCCCUUAUUUCUUCCUAAUACUAUUUUAAUUAAAAAAAAUUAGCUCUUUAAUCAAAUUGAAGCUGUUAUGUAUAAGAUGUGAGGUACGAAUCUAAUUGUUUUUCCCACUUGAAUAUCAGAUUAUCCCAACAUUAUUUAUUGAGUGCUAUGUUUUCCUCAUUGAUUUCAAAUUCUUUCUUUGUGGUGUUCUUAACUCCCGUGUAUACGUGUGUCUGAUUUUGUUCUCUGUGCUGUUCUGUUGUUUUGUUGCUGCCACACUGCCAUCAUCCUGUUCUGGUAUCUGGUAGGGAAAAUCCUUUUUUAAUUCUACAAAGAAUGUUUUCACUAAUCUUAAGCGUUUAUUGACUUUUCCAGGACAGCUUUAUAAUCUGUCAAGCAUUAUUUUAAUGUAAUCUAGAUGCUAUUUUAUACCUUUGGUUUUGAUUUAAUAAAUGAUCACUUCACUUAGAAAUAUGUAUCUUUUUUCUUCCCUUGCAUUUCAGAGUCCUGUGUGUGGAAACUCACAUGAGUCAGUUCAGUCCAGAAGGGUGGUAAUUUCUCAUAAUAUGGAUAAAGCUCUAAAAGAAGUGUUCGACUACAGUUACAGAGAUUAUAUUCUCUCCUGGUAUGGAAGCCUCAGCAGAGACGAGGGACAGCUUUAUCAUCUGCUCUCAGAAGACUUUUGGGAAAUCGCCAAACAGCUGCGCCACAGACUGAGCCACGUGGAUAUGGUUAAAGUUGUCUGCAAUGAUGUUGUGAGAACUUUACUUGCUCAUUUCUGUGAUUUGAAAGCUGCUAAUACCAGACAUGAAGAACAGCCGAGGCCUUUUGCGCUGCACACGUGCUUGAGGAACUCAGAUGAGGAAGUAAGGUUUCUGCAAACGUGUUCUCGGGUUCUGGUGUUUUGUCUCCUCCCCUCAAAGGAUGCCCAGUCUCUCAGCUUACGUAUAGUGCUUGCAGAAAUCCUCACAACAAAAGUCUUGAUGCCACUAGUGGAGUUGCUGAGUGACCCUGAUUACAUUAACCAAAUGCUGCUCGCGCAGCUGGAACACAGAGAGCAGAUGAGUGAGCAUCACAAGAGAGCCUACGCCUACGCUCCUUCUUAUGAGGAGUUCAUCAAGCUCAUUAACGGCAACUCGGACGUUGAAUUCCUGAAGCAACUGAGGUAUCAAAUUGUAGUGGAAAUAAUCCAAGCGACUACAAUCAGCAGCUUUCCCCAACUGAAGAGACACAAGGGUAAAGAAACUGCUGCAAUGAAAGCUGACCUCCUAAGGGCCCGGAAUAUGAAAAGGUACAUUAACCAACUGACUGUGGCAAAGAAGCAGUGUGAGAAGAGAAUCAGAAUCCUGGGAGGCCCUGCCUACGACCAGCAAGAGGAUGGGGCCUUGGAUGAGGGGGAAGGGCCUCAAAGCCAAAAGAUUCUUCAAUUUGAAGAUAUCAUGGCCAAUGCAUGCUACCGAGAGCACUUUCGAAUAUACGUGGAAAGGAUGGACAGAAGAGCUCUCAUUAGUUUUUGGGAGUCUGUGGAGCGUUUAAAGACUGCUAACAAGAAUGAAAUUCCACAGUUAGUUGGUGAAAUUUAUCAGAAUUUCUUUGUGGAGAACAAAGAAAUACCUGUGGAAAAAUCACUUUACAAAGAAAUCCAGCAAUGUCUUGUAGGAAAUAAAGGGAUCGAGGUAUUCUGCAGAAUCCAGGGAGAUGUUUAUGAGACCCUAAAGGAUAGGUAUUACCCUUCCUUUAUCGUCAGUGACCUGUAUGAGAAAUUGAUGACAAAAGAAGAAGAAAAACAUGGCCCACGGUUGAUUUCUGACAAGGACGAAGUGGGCCAGGGAGGUGAGGCGGGUGAGGAAUCUGUAGAUGAAGGCACCAGACGGAUGAAUGAACAAGCCAGCUUCGCUGUAAACAAACUACGAGAACUCAAUGAUAAACUUGAAUAUAAAAGGCAAGCUCUAAUUUCUAUUCAGAAUGCACCAAAACCUGACAAGAAGAUUGUUUCCAAGUUGAAGGAUGAGAUAAUCCUGAUGGAGAAGGAGCGCACGGAGCUUCAGCUGCACAUGGCGAGAACAGAUUGGUGGUGCGAGAACCUCGGCAUGUGGAAAGCCUCCAUCACCAGUGGCGAGGUUACGGAAGAGAAUGGUGAGCAGAUGCCCUGUUACUUUGUCACGGUAAGCUUGCAAGAAGCUGGUGGAGUUGGAGCUAAGAACUGGACAGUCCCCAGAAGGCUCAGUGAGUUUCAGAAUUUACACCGGAAACUGAGCGAGUGUUUCCCUUCUUUAAAAAAAGUCCAGUUGCCUUCUCUUAGCAAGCUGCCUUUCAAAUCUGUUGAUCAAAAGUUUAUGGAGAAGUCAAAGAAUCAAUUAAAUAAGUUUUUACAGAACCUGCUCUCAGAUGAAAGACUGUGUCAGAGUGAAGCACUUUAUGCCUUUUUGAGCCCUUCUCCUGACUACCUCAAGGUCAUUGACGUGCAGGGGAAAAAACCCACUUUUUCAUUAGCCUCAUUUUUGGAAAGACUUCCUCGUGACUUUUUCUCCCACCAGGAGGAGGAGACAGAGGAGGACAGUGACCUGUCAGAUUAUGGUGAUGACAUGGAUGGGAGGAAAGACGCCUUGGCUGAACCGUGUUUCAUGUUGAUUGGGGAGAUUUUUGAACUUCGAGGAAUGUUUAAAUGGGUGAGAAGAACAUUAAUUGCUCUUGUUCAGGUCACUUUUGGAAGAACCAUCAACAAACAAAUCCGGGAUACAGUGAACUGGAUUUUCAGUGAGCAAAUGUUGGUUUACUACAUCAGUGUUUUCCGGGAUGCUUUUUGGCCAAAUGGGAAAUUGGCACCACCAACCACAAUCAGAAACAAACAGCAAAGUCCGGAAACAAAACAGCGAGCACAGCAGAAGCUACUUGAAAACAUUCCAGAUAUGCUUCAGAGCCUUGUUGGACAGCAAAAUGCCCGCCAUGGUAUAAUAAAAAUAUUCAAUGCGCUGCAAGAAACAAGAGCCAAUAAGCAUCUGUUGUAUGUGCUGAUGGAACUGCUGCUAAUCGAACUGUGUCCCGAGCUGAGAACUCAUUUAGAUCAAAUGAAAACUGGUCCAGUGUGAGACCACACAACAACCCAGAGAAAUGUCUGUGUGAAAACAGACAUGAGACAUUUCCUCUUUUCCACAGAGGGCCUGACUGAGAACCGUAAUGAUUUUUAUUUUCGUUACCUCCCUCUGGUUUUAUGUGAAGGAAGCAGAAUUGGGGGAGGGGGCUUGAUGCUAUAGGGGCCACAGAGAAAAAUUUGUUAAUUAUUGGUUUUUAUUUAAAUAGUAAUGUAAAUACUUUAAAGUUGAACAUACUGAUUGAAAUACAGAUGUUAAAAUGUGAUAAGAACCUAGGAAAUAUUUUAAAUAUUUAUGAAGACAGUUUUGUUUAAAAUGAACAACUGCAACUAUUGUAGAGCUGAUCUCCUCGCUGAGGAUUCCGACCAUUCCUUUAUUCUUUCAUGUAUUGAAGAACGUUACCGUGCAAUGCUUCGUGUAAAGUUGUCGUGGAAAUUUUUUGUCUUUAUUUUUACCAAAGAUUUCCCAUAGUUUGAAGCAUUUGAAGCAAUAAAAUAUAAAAAUGAAUCACAGAGCUCUGUGAUUGCUGUCAGUUGCCAUCACGUCAGCUGCGACUCACGGCAACCGUACAUAUAACAUAACGCGGUGUUGCUCCGUCCUGUGCCAUCCUCACCAUCAUCGUUGUGUUUGAGCGCAUUGUUGUGGCCAUUGUGUAGUGCCUUCCAACUUGGGGGCUCAUCUACCAGCACUUUAUUUCAGGCAAUAUUCUGUUGUUAUACAUAGGGUUUUUAUUGGCCAAUUUUUUUAAGUAGAGUUCCAGGCCUUUCUUCCUAGUCUUUCUUAGUCUGAAGCUCCGCUGAAAUCUGUCCAUCUUCGGUGGCCCCGCUGGUAUGUUAAACACUAGUGGCCUAGCUUCCAGCCUCACAGCAACACGUAAGUCACCACAGAACGACAGACUGACAGACGAGUGGUGGCCAUGGCAAUUAGGAUGUUUCUAUCUCAAAAAAGGGCUGAAACACAGUGGCUCCUCUGUAGGACUGUGCACGUAAGUAUUUCUGCAAGGAAGAUACAGUUUGCUGCCUCUCUCCAGAAACAGCAUACAUACGUGGGGGCUGGGGGAGGUUUGUAGUGAAUGACAAGAGUCAAGUUAGUACCUGACUGGGCUGAGCCUUGAGGUGUGGGCAGGAAGAAGGUGGGGAAACAGAGGGGGAAUUACUUCAGGAGCUGAGGGAUUUCAUUAUUUCAUCAGGCCUGUGGGCUAGAAGGGGUAUUAGGUGAGAUCCAAGGUACAGAUUUUGUUUUCUUAUUUGAUGGUGGGGCCACGGACAAGUCACUUAAUCAGUUUCCCUUGGUUUCACCGUCUGUGUGCGGUGAAAACAAAACGCCUUUCCCUCUCUAACCUCUAGGCGUCCUGCGUGGUACAAACGGUUAAGUUCUCGGCUGCUAACAGAAGGGUUCUUCUCUGAUACACGUGGGAGUUGCCUUGAGUCAAAAUCAACGUGACGGCAAAUGUUUUUUUUUUUUUCUCUCUAACCCUUAGGAAUAUUGGAAACAAAACAAUUAACAGGCAAAACUUCAGUUUGGAAUUCAUGAAAGAGAAAUACCAUAUAAAUUAAAAGUGGUAUUGAUUAUAUUAUUGAUAGGGUAUACUUGCCAAGUUCUUGAUACGAAACAUAAGUUCUGAAAGAUAAUGAUUAAAAAUUGGUAAACCAAAUUUGAUCUGUGAGAUUUUUCUAGUUACACUUCUUGACCCCUUUUUAAACCAGGAUAUUUGACAAACCUAAUGUCGGUUAUUUACAUGGAUAAGAAUUAUGCUUCAUAGGAACGUAGAAAGGACGGUAUGCAGUUCGAGAAGAGAAGCAGCGUGAAGCUGCCAGGCCCGAGAACUCAUCAUACACAGCACAGCUACUGGAAGUGCCUACUUUAUUUAUACUUCUAUCUGCUGUUUAAACUGUAGCUGUUACACUUAUACUGCAGAUGAGACAAGAAACUAUUAUUUUGACUCCUUAAUAUUUCUUUACAAUAAAUUCUCAGUUUUUCAUGGGAUAACAGCUAAAAGGAGUCUUACAGAAGUUUAAGAAAAUUUGUAUCAUAAUCAGGAAGCCUCAUCUCACUUGAGUUGAAAGACUGGCUCCACUGACAGCGUCAAGGUGUGCACCACACCUGCAGCAGGGCAGGUUUGCAGGGGCUCACCUGUGCCAGAAGCACCUGCUUUAUGAUGAUUUUAUAAUUCUUUGUCAGACUUACUCAAGAAUUUAAGCCAAAAAAACUAAACCAAUUCCCGUGGAGUCAAUUCCAACCAAUGGCGACACCAUGUGUUUUAGAGGAGAACUGUGCUCCACAGGAUUUUCAGUGGCUGUGGUCUUUUGGAAACAGAUCAGCCUUUUUUCUGAGGUGCCUCUGGGUGGAUUUGAACCAGCAACCUCCUGUUGGUAACCUUGAACUUAAACAUUUGUACCCCCCAGGAAUCCUGCAGCUAUUCAGGCGUAGCAUAUUACCACAUACAGCAUAUUCCUGUGGUUGGGUUCUCAGACUAGUUUUCAAGGAUUGUUUAAGUUUAUCCUUUCUGAGAGAUCUAAGAGAGAAGUGUACCUGAUGGCAUCUUGCAGACCCAAGUCUGCUGAGUUUUCUUCCCUCGAUGUAAAGAUAAAAUGAGGCUCCAGUAAUAGAGACAAACCAGAACUUCACACCAGAACAUUAACUCUGCAUCCAGUGGUUCUUCAGUGACUGGCACAACGUGUCACUUGCAUUUUCCCACUAAGGGAGAUCCAGUUUUGGAAACGAUGGUCAUAGUUUAUAAAAUAAAGCCACAUUAGUGUGUUUGCAGAGAAGAUAUAACCAAGGUACCACUGAGGCACUAUAUCAUUUUCAGGACAUUUCUUUUGCAGAAUUGUAUCCCUCAGAGUCUUCGCACGUGUAUCCUGCUAGCCUUGGCUGUCAGCUUUUGCCAUCAUCCAUGUCACUGAUACAAGGGAAGUCUCUUGCUAAUUUAAUUUUUUUAGCCGUAUUUAACUAUAGUGAUUAUUGGUAGAUGAUUGCAUUGCAGUUUUUUCACAUUUACUUUAUUUUGAAAUACAUUUAAUAUUUAAAAGUAUAAAAAUAGGUUAAAACACAAACAUCUUGCUUAAAUUAUUAUGAAUAUUCAUCAGAAAUAUAGCAAUUACUCAUUAAAUUAAGGUUUUUAAGGGAAGGUAUGGGGGACACCUAAACACUUGAAUAAUGUUUAAUUUUUGUUUUAGUCACUUAAAAUUUUUAAAUGUAAAAUCCAUAAAGCUAAGAGUCAAAGAAAUGUAGAGAACUAAACUUUGAAAAGACUCUUUUAUAAGUCUGUAGUAGCAUUCACACUUGUGAAGUUGUUGAAGCUGAAACUGCGCGGAGUCUUUUGGGACACUCUAAAAAAAAAAAAAUUUUUUUUUUUUUUAAGGAAGGAGAAAGACGCUUAUUCUUCAGAGCGCUCCUCAGUGUUUGACGUGGUCUAGGCCAGCCUCUAGGCCAGGGGUGGAUCUCUGAGGAUUCGUGCAGCAAUUUGACCCUGUGGCUAGGUUUCAGGUUGUAAAACUUACAGCAUAAGGAUUCGAGAACAAAGGUAGCGUGUCAGUAAAACACCCAGGAUCAUGUAAGUGCAGUUGCAGAAAAUAAGCAGACUCAGCUACUGUAAAAAUACACAUGCUGUACGGUUCCAGGGUUGAUGAUGGCUGCUGAGGCGCAUUGUGGUCUAAAUCCUCUGACGGACAAGUAGAGAGUGGAGCUCGUCUGCCAGCGCGGGGUUCAGACGACAGGCCUUGAAGUCGGAGAGAAAAGAUUCCGUUACUUAGAUGCGUUAUAAAGUGCUGAUUUUUCUUUUCUUUUUUUAAGAACAAUAAAGUACAAAGAAUUUCAAGGGAACAUCUUAAGAUACAUUUCUGAUUUCCUAGGAAAAAAUAAGGUAAAUUUAAAGUUAGCCGAUGCAAAAUAGGUGGUACUCAAAAUUAACCCUGUUAUCACUGAAAGGAGAGAAAAUUUUAUCAGUGCUGAGAAUAAAGAGAAUUUACACAGCAUUCCGUGUUAUGAAUUAUUAAAAGGAGUGAAAUGGAAAACGUUAACAUUCGGCCUCAGACUUGUUUUGAUUUCAUUACAGGAACACCAGCGUCUAUAAUAACCUCAUUUAUGUUGUUGUUAGGUGCCAUUGAGUCAGUUCCAACUCAUAGCAACCCUGUGGACAACAGAACGAAACAUUUGUUGUUAGUCUUUAUUAUCACUAGAGUAAAUAGUGAUAAAGUGCAUAAUUUCAUAGAGUCUCGAGAUUUUGGAAGAGACAUCAGAAGUUAUCAUGCCCAAAUCCCACUCUGUACAGACAUUGACCCUUCAGUACUAUGAUAAUUGGUGGCUAGGUAUCUGCUUGGUUGCCUCCAGUGGCAGGAAGUCACCAUUUUAUGGGGGAAACUGUUUUAUUUCCUAAACACUUAUAUUAGAAUAGUCUUCUUUUUAUGAAGCAGAAAUUUUCCUUCAUGUACUUUGGAGCAUAGAAGAAUCCUAGGAGGACAUACAGUGCUGGUCUCAUAGAGACCCUAAGAUGCAAAGUAGGUGACAGUGUCUCCCAGCCUGACGGUGUAGAUCCUGGAACUGGUUUGAAAAUUGGUGUAAUACAGAGAAUGUUUAGGUUAAAAAAAUAAAGACAACUAUUACCCACACUAUAGAAUGAAGUGAAGGUGAAUACUUCAAAGGCCAGUUAUAUUUGGCUGUGUACCGUGUUCCUGUAUUUAUGUGUUAAUAUGGGGUCCAUCCUCUGGAAAUUUUAAUUUCAAACAAAAUAAUUCGGUGGUUUCCAAACUUGCCUGCACAUUGGAACCCCCUGCAGAGCUUCAACAGACACUAUGUUUGUGUUCUCCUUUCAGAGAACAUAAUUACUCUGAAAUACAGCCUGGGCUUUGGAAGUUUUAUAAGAUCCCCUGGUGAUUUUAGAAUGCAGACAAAUUUGGGGACCAUUGCCGUAAUAUGAUCAAAUUCAGGCAGGGGGCUUAGAAAGUUGUUCCUUGUGUUAUUACCCUGCUCAAGCUGAACAAUUUUUUACAAAAUAUUUUACAGAUUUUAUCACGAUAUAGUUCUCCUUUGGGCUUUAUAGAUGUCAUGCUUCCCAGUCAUGCUGUUUAUUGUUGUUUUAAUUUACUUGCAGCUACUAUUCAAGAUUUACCCCCCUCCCCAGCCCCCAACAGUUGCCAUAUUUCCAAAAAUCCAUUUGGGAUCAAAAUAAACUGAUCACAUGGAUUAAAACAUGAAAAGACUUACUAUAACUGAUUACCUCAAACUCACCAGCAACCUCAAGUGUGGUAGAUGCCAGGCAUAAAAAACUGUUUUUAAAACCUCAUUUCAUGAAGGUCCUAGAAUGUGGUACUUUCUGGGUGAAAGAAGCUGUGAACAUUUGGCUGUAAAGUCUUGGUGCUGGGCUUUAGGCUGCUGAUAGUACCAAAGUGAAAGAAAAUAAUUUGCAUCAAAAUAGGACUUUUACCAUCUAAGCUUAAUUAUGCUAAUAAGAAUCUGACAGAAUUGUCUGCAAGUCUGACAACCUCUGUGUAGGCAGAGGUUAUCUGUACAGUAAUUAAGUAGGAAAAAACAUUAAUCUAUAAAGAUAUUCAAGACUCGUCUAAAACUCCAGUUAAGUUCUAUUUGGGUCAUUAUUCUAAUGCUUACUUUAAACUGUGCUGAAGCUUACUUUAGAAUAAUAGUGUUUAGCUCUUGCUUCAUCCUUGGUGAUACCCAAGCCAAGCUGAAGACAGCGUGCAUGGUAGAAAGAGGCCAAGGUCAUGCCUCUGAUGAUGAACUCCGGGAGGCAGUCCGUGACCUGGGCUAUCAUGGGGAUGUCAUGCAUCUCGUCAUAAUCAGCAAUCCUGUUGGAGACGUUAAACUGAAGUCACACGGGAUAUCAGUUAUGAUCUACUUUUUACAAAACGGCGUGUCCAGACGUUGUAUGAGCAGAUAAAUGUAGGAAAGUACAUGGAGCCUUAUGGGAUCGAGAGAAUAUUCCAUAUAUUUUAUAAGAUACUAGUGUCAGGGCUUUUUGACUGUUCUAAUUUUACAUUUCAUAUCAUGCUAUAUUCAGUUGCACUGAUAGAGUCUGUGGCUGGAGAGUGUAACAAGAGAUUAAAAGAUUAUUUAAUAAACAUUUUUGAUGUGCUAAGUUGUCUUAAGUACUUUACACAUACUGUUCUUAUAACUCUGCAGUAGAAAUAUUUUCUUCUUACAAAUAAAGCAACUGAUGCUCAAAAAAGUUAAGAAGGUUGCUUAAGAUCACUCAGCUAAUACACAAAGCGAAAAGCGCUGAAAUCCUGAAGACUGACGGCACAGAACUGUUAUCCAACAUGGUAGCCACCAGCCACACGUGACUAUUGAAAUUAAGUAAAAUUUAAAAGUUCAGUUCUCUAGUUUCACUAGCCACGCUUCCAACGUUGUAGAAAGUUCUGUUGAACAGAUCUAACAGGUAAUAAGAGUUCUUGAAGAUACCUUCAUCCAGCUUAUUUACCUUUUGGAAAAUGUAGCACACUUUGUGAAAAAUUUCAUCUUAUAGUAAUGCUCCACGAGAUUCCCUUGGGCAUAGACAUUUCCACGUUCCGCUGCUUCCCUUAAGCAGUGCAGGGCAGCUUCCAUGUCCUGGCGGAUGCCUUGUCCAUGAAAGUACAUGAGACCAAGUGCACCUUGGGAUUCCAGAUUUCCAUUGCCACAUGCUUCGGAAUGCCAAUAAAAUGCCUAAGGAAAAGCACCAUUUCGCCAGUUAUUAUUCGCAAAGUGAAAUUACGAGUAAGGAAAUACUGGGAGGAAAAUAAUCUCUAAUUGUAAAGUAACAUUAUUCUUCAUCUCUAGGAAGCAGCUCUGGCCCCUUCAAAUAUGUUUCAGGAUGGCGCCAAAAUCACAUACCUAAACGUGAGUGCUAAGGUGAUCCAGCUGCUUCUACCCACUGAGCAGGUGAGGUCAGAGUUCAGAGACCCCACCCGAGAUUCCUGGCAGAGCAUCAAGCUGUCCCAGGAUGCAAGAUUUUCUGAUUUUCCGAAGAGUAAGGAUCCAGAAGGUGCAAAAUAGAAACUAAGUGUGUGAAGGCUUUGAGAUGGGCCUGUAACGAGGCUCAGAGGUAAAAAAAGAGCUGGAAGUGGAUCUCAGAGAUGGCAGUUGUAUGUAGCAUCACACAGAUUUGUUUAAUACUCAGCUGCUGUGAAUGUGCCCGAGGGUGGUCUUAGUUGUUAGGUGCUCCUUACAAGUUUGCCGUUAAUGGCUCUCUUACAAGUAGGACUCAACCCAACAUGUCCUUCUCCUGUAGGACUUCUUGGAAAAUGUUUCAAUCACUAAUGAUUAAAGAGAUUAAUUUCUGUAAAAAUCUUUAAUUUUUAAAUUAAUACUUAGUAUAUUUUGCUUACUAGAUUGUUAAUUACUUCCUGAAAUCAGAUGUAAUAACAUUAAUUUAUUCGUACUUGAAGGAUUUGGGCUUUAAUUUCAGAGCUCUGGGUCAGAGCUUUUAUGGUGCAAUAAUAAUUAUUUGUAGAUGUAGCUCUUUAUAGUAUACAAAAUACUCUCACACCCAUGGUUUCCUUUGGAAGAGGCAGGGAAGGGAGUAUAUAUGGAUAAAUAAAGGUCUGACUCCUUGACUGCUGCAAAUGGCUCCUGCACUCGGCUAUGACCUAAGGGUUGGAGGUUUGAGCCCAAUAGGAGGCGCCUGAAGAAGAAAGCCCUGGCCAUCUACUUCCAAAAAGUCAUCCAUUGAAAAAGCCCUGUGGAGCACAGUUCUACUCUGACACACACAGGGUCGCAGUGAGUCAGACUCAGCUCCAAGGCAACUGGUUGGAAGACAGGUGUGAAACGAGCUUUGAGAUUCUAAAGUGUAAAUUUCCUUUACAUUUCAAAUAAAUGUGAAAGAUAUUCAAAAUGACAAGCUUAUUCCUCACCACCGUCCUUUUAAAAAAGAAAUGAUGAAACAUAUCAAUUUAAAUAUAACACUAGCGUUAUUGAAAAACAAACAAAAAAAGGUACACGUUACCUUCUCUAGCUCUUUAGGCUCCUUUGUUGAGUAAUAUAACCCUAGGAUACUCUGAGCCUUCACACUAGCUUUCGGGUUUCCAUUGUCUGCAGCAAAAAGCCACAGUCUAAAGAAGAAAGGCAGAGGCGGGUUAUUCUUUUUUUCAGCAUUUCAUUAAAAGAAAGUCUCCUUCUCAGGUAAGAGUACCUUUCAGCUUCUUCAUCUGAUCGUUUGACACCUUUUCCUUCGUAAUAAGCUCGUCCAAGGUUGUAUGCAGCUGCAAAUUGUAAAUGUCUUGCUUUGGGACAUGGAGACUCAACAAUUUUCUUCAUAUAUUCCAUUCCUUUUUCCUUCCACAAAGGAAAAGAACAAACAACCGCAGUUUUUAGUUUUACCCAAACUAAAUUCUUUUCCCCCAAUAAUGUAGAGUAUCCACCCUCUGACAUGGUGUAUAAUAUGAACCUGUGUCCAGGUGUUAUGGUUGUCCUGUAAUCUGCAGGCUAGAGAUAACAAAGAAAGAGGUAAAAAUAUAUCUCCCGGUGAGGCAUUCAUAAGAGUUCUGGGAUGGAAGACAGCAGCUUAGCCUCUCCCAUCAGUUUUUAGCUUCCAGGUGCCUCGGUAUGGGUUUCCUUUUUUCUCUCCUCCUUACAAUCUAAUAACCCGUAUCCUCAAUUGGUACUCCCUGAAGAUAGAGUUCUUAGAACUUCUCAAAGUGAAAGACUAGCCAGUAACUUCUUUCACAUUUACAGUUCUUACAGUACAGUUGUGAGCCUCAACAACUGCUUGUCUUCUCUCUCCAAGCACAUCCUCCGUAAGCGUGCGCAGUGAUCAUGUACAUCCAAUGUGCUAAUCUUCAAAUGACAUGGGCUACACAGUCACCGAGAAGGCUACAAGAGGUUCUAGCCACUAGCAACAAAAGGAUCCCCCCCCCAAUAUCCAUCAGACCCAAACCGCCAAUCGUCACACAAAAGGAAAAGAUAAUAUUUAUUGACAAAUAGUCAAAUACAUUUUUGUACGCCUGCAUUCUAGCUUUUACCUCCUCAUUGCUCUCUCAAAGUACUAUUGAUGGGUAAACACCAUGGAAAUAGUAAAGAAAAUAACAGUGUUUUGUUUUUCAUGAUUCCCUGAUUAUAGGGAUUUAUUUUUGUGAAUAUGUGAGUUGGGUAUCUAGCUCCCCUCCCAGCUGGAUACAACUGGAUAGUAAGAGAGAACUUGUAAGUAAUGGUCUUGGAUGAAGUGGGUCCAUAAAUCCUCCCACAGAUAAGAAUUAUUAAAUCAAAGAACAACCUUUUAAAGGCACUGGGAAGUUCCUAAAGCAAACACAAGCUGGAGGAGAGAUUAUUCUUGAAAACUGCAUCUGGAAGGACUCCAAGAAAUUCAGUCAGCCUGAGGCAGGUAAGCACAAACGAACCCUGUCGAAGGCACAUCACAGUGAAACUACAGGGAGCCAAAGACGAAAUCUUGAAAGUGGCCAGAGAAAAAUGACACAGUAUAUCCAGGGGAACAGCAAUGCCAUUGUCUGACUUGUCACGAGAAAUAGUGGAGGCCAGAUUUCAGAAUAACGUAUUUAAAGGUGAAAGGAAAAACUGUCAACCAGAGAAACGAUAAAUGAAGGCAAGUUAAAGACAUUUUCAGAUCAUCAAAAUUGGAGAUAAUUUAUCAUCUGCUGACCUGUGCUACAAGAAAUGCCCUUUAAAGGGAAUCCUUCAGGUCGAAAGGAAAUGGGAAACGAUGCCAGGUGGCAACUCAGGUGGUAGGAGGGAAUGGAGGCCACCAGCAAUGGUGAAUAUGUAACAAAUACAGACACACAUAUAUACACAUGUAUGUACAUAGGUGUAGAAGAAGUAAAGCCAGGAUGCUCCUUAGAAAUGAGGAUGGCGACACUUUGUCUUGCUUACUUUGGACAGGUCAUAAGGAAAGACCAAUUCCUAGAAAAGGACAUCACGGUUGGUAGAGAGAGGUUCAGUGAAAGUGAGGGAAACCCUCAGUGAGAUGGAUCGACACAGCGGCCGCAACAAGGGGCUCAGACAUCAAAGACCCUAAAGGUGGCGCAGGGCCAGGCAGCACUGUGUCAUGUGGUGCGUGAGGUCGCCCGAGUCACAGCUGACGCCCCAGCAACUGACAACACACACACACGGGGAGUCCCUGGUUGGUACAGGGAGCCCUGGUGGCGCAGUGGUUAAGAGCUCGGCUGCUAACCAAAAGGCCAGCAGUUCCAAUCCACCGGCUGCUCUUUGGGAACUUCAUGAGGCAGUCCACCCCGCCAUAAAGGGUCGCUGCAAGUCAAUUGACAAGACGGCAAAUUUUUUUUUUAAGUGAUAAACACACAGUUAGCACUAUUGGCUCUUAACCAAAAGGCUGGAGGUUCAAGUCCACCCGUAGGUGCCUCAGGAGAGGCCUGUUGUCCUACUUCUGAAAAAUCAGCCUUUUAAAACUGUAUGAAUCACAGUUCUAGUCUGACACACCUGGGGUUGUCAUGAGUUAGAGUUGACUCAAUGCCACUUUUUAAUUUAUAUAUGUGUAUUUUCUUAAUUUCCUUAAAAUUUCCUUAAUUUCCCUUAAAGCAAAAAAAAAAAAAAAACAAUGUAUUCUGUAUUUUGGGGUUUAUAAGAUAUAUAAAUGUAAUAUAUGUACCACAACAAAUAGCACUAAAGAUGGGGGCGGUAAAUGAAAACAUACUGUGCAAGGUUCCUGUAUCCGACCCUUUGGUUAGCAGCCCUAGCACUUAACCACUACGCCACCAGGGAUUCCUCUCCUGUAUUUUACCUGAAGUAAUUCAAUAUUAACUCUGUAAAUUAUAAGUUAAAAAUGUAUACUGUGAUCUCUAGAUCAACUACUGAGACAAAAAACAAAGAUGUAUAAAGCUGGGAAAUUAAUGAAAUGGAAAAUACGAAAUGGUAGUCAAUUGUGCCAUCAGCAUUUCCCACGGACUUGAAAUAACGAUUUUUGAAACACUACCCAUGAACUUGCACAGAUCCAUUUCUGAACUCUCCAUGUGGUUCUGUUUGUCCUUUCCUGAAUGAACACCACACUGCCUUAACUACUGCGGAUUCAUACUAGUACUUCGCCACUAAAAAGAAGUGUAAACAACUCACUCCAGCUUUUUGUUCCUUCUUCAAAAUGAACUAUUGCAUAUUUGUUUCACAUGAUUUUUUUUUUUUUUUAGAAUCAACUUGUCAGGUACCAUAAAACAUUGUACAAAAUUGGAUCCUGACUGUAUUUCGUUUAUAGUUGGAUCUGGGGCGUGGGUAGAGGCGACAUGUUCAAAUAGUGUCUCUGGAAAGUGGCAGCCCUGACAAAUGAGGGGCAGCAUCUAUAGACCAUGGAUUACAUAAACCUAAUAUCUCCUGCAAUCUGCCACUAAAUUCAUUCAAAUUACUACUGCUUUAUGCUAAAGAAAAUGUUAAAAACCUUUUUAGAAUUCUGACUGCGGGAUGGGGGACGAAACACUAAAAGUGGUGAACUUGCCCUUAUACAGUAUUCAGCCCCAAAUGGGUGGUUUUCCUUAUCUUUUUUCCAGUGCCAUUCCCAAAUCCCAUUUGUAACUUCUCAGAAUGCUGGAGCCCAUGUGUGAUUAUGAUCUCUGUAGGAGAUAAUCCUAUGAGUUUUUAUGUUCCCUGAAGAAAAAGAAUGUUUCACAUCUACCCUGUGAAGCAUAAAUGGUUCAUGGUUCAGCCUCGUUCUGGACCAAAUCAGUCUUGAGAACAACUUGGUAAAUUAAUGAAAGAAGGUGAAAAAAAUGAAAAGAAUUUGAUCUCUUGCUUGUGUACCAAAAAAAACACACAAAACCGAACCUGUUGCCGUUGAAUUGAUUCUGACUCAUAGUGACCCUAUAGGACAGAGUAGAACUGCCACAUAGGGUUUCCAAGGCUGCAAAUCUUCACAGAAGCAGACUGCCACAUCUUUCUGCCACGUAGUGGCUGUGGGUUCCAUCAGCGGCUCAGUGCUUAACCACUGCACCACGGGGCUUCUAUGGCUUGUUUACCUUGGGUUAAUUGUAUGAUCAAGCUAACUCUGUUUAAUUCAGGCAAGAAGGGACCUAAGGAUGUUAUUGUUUUCUUGCUCUUCUGACCUCAAUACAUAAUCACGUUCAAGCCAUUCUAUUUUUGAGUUGCUCUAUGGCAAUCCACUGAAUCUACCAGUUUUCACUGUCUCUCCUCCAAGUUCUUCCUACAUUGUCCAGCUUUUUCUGUAUCUACCACCAUCCCCAUUCCUUUGUCCUUCUUUCCCUUCAUGGCACUCACUCGUCUAGCAAAUAACCCAGUUAUCUGAGCCUGCACUCAAACAGCUGAACAUGGCUGGAGAAAAACACAACCACAGUGAUUGGCCCUUCUUUAAAUUUUCGAGAAAAUGGGAUGAAUUUCUCUUUGCUUUGUAGACUCAGCUGCCUCGACAUUAUGGUGCCUUAUUCAGGAAGGAAGCUACCAGUGGCCAGGAGUUCAACAGCUUGGUUUAGCUCAUGUUACUCAGGCUUCCAGAGGUUGAUCAGCCUGGUGGGACGCAUGUGAUCAAGGUCUGGGCUGCAAGGCUGAAGGCCAGAGUCUAAGUCACGGUGAAUUUACCAAAAUUAAUGUUACUUUAUAUGGCUUCUUCGCAGCUUUCCAUGGAAACACCCCAAAUUAGGUUCCUUUCUUUUGACCUAUAACAUGGAGUUUUAGGAAAUUUUUAAAAGACAGACAGGAUAUGGUCAGAUUUGCAUUUAGUAAAGAUGGUGCCGGUGGUGGCAUGAAUGAUGAAUCUGGGACCAGGGCAGAAGUCAGGGAGCUGCUUUUGUUACAGUCCAGGUAAGGGGUAAUGUGAGCCUCAGCUGAGACAGAAGUGGGGACAAGGGGCUGGAGGUGCACACUCCUGUUUGUGGAAGGAGCCUCUCUAGGUUGGUCUCCUAACUUUCAAUGGCUACUCUUAAGUUUUAAGAAAACAUAGUGUUGUUUAAAAAGGUUUAAGAAUAAAUAUUGAGUUUUAUGAAAUGCCUUUUCAUACAUACCAAAAUCAUCAUAUGGUUUGUUUUAUUAAGGUGAUUAAAGUGGUGUAUUCAUAGAUUUGUUUAUUGAAUUUCCUGGCUAACUUUUACUUGGUUAUGAUAUAAUAUUCUUUUAAUGUAUUACUGAUUUUGUUUGUAACAAGGGUUACAUUUUAACAUAAUAAAAUAGGUUGAUAGCUAACAGCAGUUUUUCUUAGAGAGAUAUGAUCUUUCUCUAGGAAAGUUCUUUGAAAAAGCCCCUUGAGGUGAGACCCUGCGAGCAGUGUUGUCAGGAAGAGGGUGCAAGAUCAAUCAGUAAAUAUUUGUCCAAGUCUGCUGUGGGUCUGGCAUUGGUCUAAGGUGGGGGUUCAGCAGUGAACAAGAUAGACAAAACCCCUGACUUUGUGGCACUUACGUUUCAAUUAGGGAGACCGAAAUUAAAGAAGGAACAGUGAAGUCACUAAUGUCUGUGAGAAAACGGAGUGCUCUUUUGGUAAGGAGUUCUGAUGCUGCAGUACUGACGCCCUCAGCUGCUCACAGAAAGGGCAGCGGCUUCACCCACCAUCGGCUCUGUGGGAGAGAAAACCUGGUGGUCUGCUCCCGUAGAGACUGGAGCCUAGGAAACCCUAUGGGGCAAUUAUACUCUGUCACACGGGGUCACUGUGAGUCAGAAUUGACUCAACAGCACACAACACUUUGAUAAAUGGCCAUAGAAAGCCUCUCAGAUGAAGUGACAUUACAGCACAGACCUGAAUCAAUGGAAGGCAAAUGAAGAGAUGGCUAAAGUGCGUUACAUGAGAAAGUGGGUUCAUUUAUUGUUUUUGUCUCGGAAAGAGGGAGAAGCUGCAGGAAAGAUACCCAGCUAGCUUGUGAGGAAUCAUACGAGGUAGCACAAAAAAAAAAAAAAAAAAACAA